UCUACGUAACCGGAACGGACCCGGGUUUAUUCCGGCCAAGAACUGUCAACUCGGCAGAAUUCUGCCGCUACAACAACUACUACCACUACUUACUACCACUACUAAAAACAACUUAAAUUUCAACUGUUUUUGCCGUAGCGACGAAGGAGAUGUCAGCCUGUGCACUGGCAUUGUCCAAAAACACUUCGACGUAGUAGAACCCUGUGAUCGAUUUACCCUUUUAGGGUAGCCGAUGUAGAUGACACCUUGUGAAUUCCAUAAAAUGGUCGUUAUUCCUUAUUGGGCGGAUAGGACAGUCUUCACCUUCUUCGAAGAAGAUUCGCGGUAAAACGCCUCAAAAUCUCCUUCGGAUUGUGCUUAAAUAGCGUCAAACACUGCUGUGAAGUGGUUUCACGGUAGAGCUUGUUGUCCCAACUGUGGCAAAGGCAGUAAGAACCCUACAAAAUCGCAUCGGCCCCGUAUGAAUUACCUUCUUGACUCAGAAUGCAACUUCACGUGAGAGUAAGUAAAAGUUCUUUACUUAACUAAAGAUGGUCUUUCUACUGAGUGUGAUAUCCAUCUAGCAAAAAUUGAAGUGCUUAAAGACUUCAGAAUUAGUAUUUGGUGGAUCUGCAUAUUCGCCACAAAUUCUUGCAGAUGGUGUCUAAACUUUGUAUAUCAUAUUUAUUAAUUUUUUUUUUAUAUUCACAUGCGUCCGCCUGUGUUUAAGAAAUAUUUAAAAAUUUUGGCAGUGAAACUUCGACAAACUCAAAUUGACAGUUUCUGUGUUUCUUAAAACCAAAUAAAAUUUAAACUGUUCAGAAAAAAUACGACAUUUUUUUUGGAGAAACAACCAUUAAACAUUUCGGCAAAAAAAUUCUGGAAAUAAAAUAAAAACCAAGCAGAAUUCAUUAAAAUCAAUAGUUUUUAUGAUCGCAAUUUUGUGCAACUAGCAAAAAACUCCAUGGAUAGAAAGACGUCUGUGGAAUGGCUCGACGGCAACAUAAUGCCAAAAUUCUCUCGGAAGCGUUUGCAAGCGGCGCGCAGCGAUCUGCUUGGUCAGGGCGCCCGACAUGAUGAACAGUCAAAACAAUCGUUACAAAACUCACAGAGUGAGGACUCGCACAGCACACGUCGGGUACACUUCGAUUUCGUCGGCAAUGGCACGGAUCCCCGCACGCGUAAUGAAAUGUUCGAGCUCACACAACAACUACUGGAGAACCGUAAAAACUGUUGUCUACAACGUUUCUGCAAUAAGCGUCUCUGUCCGCUCUUCUUUCUACAUCAACUUAUGGUGCGCAAUGUCGAGCGUCGCUUACAGCUGAUGCAGUGCAAACUCACUAAUAUCUAUUUGCGGUACUACGAUCUGCGCCAACAUCCGAUCACCGGUCACUUCUUUCAUUUGCUGCGAAGCGACAUGAGUUUCAGCACUACGCAUCAACUGUUCAAGUGGCUGGACUCACAGUAUCGCCGUCUUUUCAGUGUGGGUCAAUGGCAUGAGAUAAUCGAGAUCAAGUAUGAGUUCGAAGAUCAACGCUAUGUGAUCCAUAAGGUCAACUUGGUCAUAAUGCAUUUGUAUCUGCACAAAUUGGAUGUGAAUUCGAAACGUAGUCUGUGUCGUCUGCUGCGAACUCCGUCAGCACCAAUAAAGCGAGGUCCCAUGAAACGUGGCGUUGCCGAUGAGCGGAACAUGCUGAUCAAUGACUGUAUUAGUGCGCAUUUCGGUGGCGGUGAGCCUUGGUGGAUACUCUUUGACGUUUCGCUGGAUAGAGGUCAGAUUACAGGUGAUAUGCUGAAGUUGGCGCACAGCGCCUACAUGGGUAUGAAGGAGGAGCAUAAGAAAGUAACGAGUACGCAUAAUGAUUUGAGGGAGACGGGUGAUCGUUUGAAAGGCGGCAACGUGCCAAAUAAUCUUGCGGAAGCAAAGAAAUCGCCACAGAUACGCUCAGCCCUUCAGCGCAAGCUAUAUGCUUGGACCGAACGUUUCGAGAAGAGCUUCGAGCGUAUUUAUAAGGCUUUGCAGCAGUAUUAUGAUUGUAAGUACGCGGAGGGCGUAGCGCAGUUGUGUCAUAACGUUUGUCAGAAGUCAAAUCAAAUGGAUCACAAGGAACUGAUGGGCGAAAACAAGCAGCCACAGUCCAGCAUGCAAUACUACUUCAAUCGCUACAAAUUGGCGCAGGUUUCGCUGGAGAAUUUGCUGCGUGAACUGGAGUUUUGCGAAUACAAAAACAGUUUGGUGCCCUUUCUGCGUCGAAAGGCAAAGGAACUCAACGAUAAUGCCGCCAAAUAUAAGGUCUUGAAAUUGAAGUUGUGUAAGACACAACUGGGCGACGCCAUUAAAGAUGAAAUACUGGCUGUGCGUAAUAAUUAAAGAAAUACUAAUGCUAUAUCAAGAAAAAUAAAACGAAUUUGCUAAGCUGAAGGACGACACAUAAAAAAAUGCAAUAAAUCAAAUGGAACAACACAUCAGAAGAUUGGAUAUAUUGUUUUAAAUUAAUUAUAAGAAGAAAUACACUUGGGGUUCCUAAAAGCCAUGUUUGAAAUUUAAGGACAUAUCAGGGGUUCGUCAAUCAGUAUUAUGCUGUAUCAAAAUCUUAACUGCUUUAGUGUAUUCUGAGAUGCCUUCCUCCGAGGGUGCAAUAGCGGUCUAUGAAAAUUCCCUUUGAAGUGUAAAGUUAUAAGGUCACUGUCAUGGAGUAUUAUUACCCUUUGAACGGGCUUUACGGAAAAUAAUAACAGAUAGGAUUCAUUAUACAUGUUUAAUUUGUUUUCAAUGCUAAGCUCGAGUUGAGAGAUGCCAUUAGACCAAAAAUUACCAAAAAUAAUAACUAACAGUACGAAGACCCCACUAGUUUAGGCCACAUGAUAUAUAGUUCUAAAUAGGAAAAGAAUUAAGUAGUUGAUAUUAAGGAUUUCACAGAGUGUGAAGUACUAAUGUUGUAAAUUUUAGGUUAACAAAAGCCUUCUGUUUAAGAAUGGACAGGAAUUUAAGUAAAUGGUAUGGUAUAACCUAAUGAUCGUUUAGAUAAAUUUUCAUUAACAUGCUCUAACUAAGCAACUAAUCAAGCUUUAUAAAGCAAGAAAUGAUGCAUUGAAUUGGCGAUGAACAAAAACCUUGUAUAAAUUAUGCAUCACAAUGCAAUAUUGUUACCGAAUGAUUUGGUGCAAAUUAAAUUCUUCUCCCAUAUAACAGUAGUUUAUAAAACUUAUGAAAAAAGCAAUAUCGUUUUCUUAUAAUAGUACUCCGACAGAAAUAAACAAAGCAACAAUGACUAAUUCUCAUAUAACACCAUUGUGAAUAUCACCAGUUUUUUUGAUUUCCCAUUGAAGACAUCAAUUAUGAAAUAUCGAACAAAAUCGCAAAUGUGAAUUCCAUCCGAAAAGAACUGUGCCGGCUUUGUGGCCAAAAACUAAGGAGAGCAAAUUUUUGAUAUUGAUACCCUAUUGUGUGUGCACCAUAUUGCAACGAGGGCGUUCUGCAUCGACUGGAACAAAUGUUAGUUAGAAGAGCGUUGUCGUAAUGGAUCCAUGUUUCAUCACCAGUCACAAUCCGAGGCAAAAACUACUGUUUUUUUAAGGUUAAAACAGCAUUUCUGAUAUGGAAAAUCGUUUUGCAACGUCACUUGGCUUCAAUUCAUAUGGCACGUUUUGAAAAGUCUGCUUGCGUAAUUACCAAAGAUUCGGCGAGCUCUUCUUGUGAUUGGCAACAAUCUUCAUCGAGUUGUGCUUCCAGUUUCUCAUCUUCAAACUUUUUUGCCGCCCAGGACGUUCCUCGCCUUUCAAGUCAAAAUUACCACUUUGGAGUCGUGCAAACCACUUUUGCCACGUUCGCCCAGCUAGAGCACUUUCGGCUAAGUAAUAAGGGAGAAAUUCUAUGUUAGUGAUUGAGUGAACAAAAUUUAUUGUUGUUUACGCUUAAAAUGAAUGACAUAUACAGAAAAUUACGCACAAGGACAUAAGCAUUAAAAAGUGAGAUAUCGAAAGUUAACGAAAGUUAAUUUGAAAUGGACUUAGUAGAGUCAUAAGUUCGUCUAAUGCUGAAUAUUGUAUUACUAUCAUGAUAAAAUUCUAUAAAGGUACUCGUUAUUCAUUAUAGUCGCUUAAA